UAACGGGGAGUAUAGCGGGGGGGCAAUGUCAAGGUAGCCUAUAAGGUCCGACGCGGUACUCCCGGCCGAUCACUCUUCGUCGGGAUACUCGAUCGAUUUGGUAGUCUGUAGAUACGGGAUAAGUUCGAUCUGCAAGAAGUAUCUUUCCCGGACAAAAAAAAAACAAAAAUGACGAGUGCCGUGUUACUAUUGUGUUGCGUGUGCUCGUUGCUGAUCGGCGCCCAGGCCAUCGGCAGAUACAUGGGUCUGGAAUUCCUGGAGCCGUGCUCCAAGCGCGAUCCGAAGCUGGAAGCCUGUCUGGCCAGAACGGCCAAUGUACUCGUCAACCAUUUUCGUCAAGGUUUACCGCAACUGGGUUACACUGAAGUAGAACCAAUUAUUCUGGACGAGUUGCACAUCACACUCGGAGACGGUCCGGAUGCGUACAGAGGCCAAUUCCGGAAUAUUACCGCGAGAGGUGUCUCCACUCUGCGAAUAACUGGUCUCAGAACGAGAUUGAGCGAGGAUGAGGUGCAACUACAACUGGCCUUUAGCAUACCAAAAAUUAGAGCGGGCGCAAGAUACAGAUCCAGCGGAACUUUGAUUUUGGUUCAGGCAAGCGGAGCCGGAGAUUACUGGGGGGAAUACGAUGGUGUUAAGGCCAAAGUCUUCAUCAGAGCUAAGCCGUUUUUGGUCGAAGGUCGUCGUUACCUUAGAUUGCAGCAACUGAAGAUGGACUUCAGCGUGCGGAAUAUCAAAAUGGGAGUUGAAAACGUGCGCGACAGCAACAGUAUAAUAUUGGCGGCGUUGAAUCUCUUCAUUAACACCAACGCACAGGAGUUGCUGAAGGAGAUGAAACCAGAUCUGAGGAGGAAGCUUGUGCAGGUGAUGUCGAAUUUCGUGGAAAAGCUGUUUGCUCAAGUACCGUACGACGCCUGGAUCGUGGAUUAAAGUGAUGAUCGGCCGUAUAAGUUUUGCUGAAAGCGACAAUCGUCACUGGCGUCAUCAUUGUGAACUUUUGAACCGCGAAGCUUGAAGCACGUUUUCGCAGAAGUCUCUUCUCGCGAUACAGUGACGAUAUCGAUUACAGGGAAAAACCAGGCGACGGAUAAAUACUAUCUCGAGAACAAAAACGUAAGAUCGUUUGUCUUUGGCCGGUAGUUUCCAAAACGUAAAAAAAGAUCAUGAAAAAGUUUUGCGCGCAACUUUUGCACGCGGAUCGCCCGAAGUCAAUCACUCCCAACAACGACAGAUACGCGCCACGAUACACACAGGGUAUUUAAAUAAAAGUCUAUCUAAAAGGGUAAUUUAAAUCAAGCCGCCGUGAUAUUUGGAAUAUUUUUGUCGUUUGAUUUUGUAAAACUUUUGUUGAACAAUAGACUUAGAAAUAAUUUGUCUUUU